AGGAGGAGGAGAAGGAGAAGAAGGGGAGUAAGAAGGGAACGACUAACGAGGAGCUGUGGGACGGAGCGUCACCCAGCCUGGGAGUGCGUGCCGCGCUGUCUCUGCUCGCCUUCUACCGCAAUGUGAUGUCACCGCUGAUGCCCUCCACCUGUCGCUUCCUGCCUAGCUGCUCCGUCUACUCAAUUGAAGCCUACAAGUCCUAUGGGGUGGUCCGUGGGUCGGUCCUCACCGCUUGGCGCCUGCUGCGGUGUAACCCCUGGGGUGGCCGGGGCUACGACCCGCCCUGCUGGCCCCCCGUGGGGCUGGAGGCCCUGUACCGGCUGCCGCUGACGUCGGAGGUAACGGUGGCGCUGAUGGUGGCGUUCGCCUUCUGGUUCGUUGCAUCAACGGUCGAGUCGUUGGCGGCGUUGUAACGCUCUUGGGCGGGUUUUAGGUGUGGGGUCUGGAUGGGCGGCAUGCGGCUGUUGUUUCUGUCGUGUGAUUUUCCCCCCGUUACUAUUUCCUGUUCUAACAAGAAGUGUAACAAAGGUCCUACA